GGCGCACAGAAAGCCUCAGCACUGCUGUCAUACUACACACACUCUCAAACGCUUUGUGGACGCAUGACGCUCUUCACAUCACAAGGACAGACCUCAGUCGAGUCUCGAGCGCAUUAUGCGUCUCCUCUGUGAUGCACCUCAACUCUCCUGAUAACACCUCCAGAUCGCUCGAACACACUCCCCCGAGUCCUCCUCACACAGACCCGACGAUGGCUGAAGAGGACAGGGCUCCAGACGCAAACACGGACAGCUCGAACUUUAGCGUGUUAAGCUGGGAGCAGGUCCAGCGCCUGGACCUCAUCCUGACGGAGAGCAUCCCGAUCCACGGCCGAGGAAACUUCCCCACGCUGCAGAUGAAGCCGCGCGAGAUCGUGACUGCGGUGCGGGGGCGCAUGCGGGAGCAGGGCAUCCAUGUGCGGGACACGCGACUCAACGGGUCCGCCGCCAGCCACGUCCUGUUCGGGGACAGCGGGCUCGGCUACAAGGACCUCGACCUCAUUUUCUGCGUGGACCUGAAGGGAGAGACGGAGUUUCAGAUCGUCAAGAACAUAGUGCUGGACUGUCUGUUGGACUUUUUACCUGAUGGGGUCAACAAAGAGAAAAUCACACCGUUGACCCUGAAGGAGGCGUAUGUGCAGAAGAUGGUGAAAGUGUGCAACGAUUCGGACCGCUGGAGUCUCAUCUCUCUCUCCAACAACCGGGGCAAAAACGUAGAGCUCAAGUUCGUGGACUCUUUGCGCCGGCAGUUCGAGUUCAGCGUCGACUCUUUCCAGAUCAAGCUGGACUCUCUGCUUCUCUUCUACGAGUGCUCCGAGAACCCCAUGGCCAAAACGUUUCACCCCACCAUCAUCGGCGAGAGCGUGUACGGAGACUUCGGCGCCGCGUUGGACCACUUGCGCAACAAGGUGAUCUGCACGAGGAACCCCGAGGAGAUCCGAGGAGGAGGCCUGCUGAAGUACUGCCAUCUUCUGGUGAGGGGUUUUCGCGCCGCCUCCGAGUCGGAGAUGAAGUCUCUCCAGCGCUACAUGUGCUCCCGCUUCUUCAUCGACUUCUCGGACAUCAGCGAACAGCAGCGCAAGCUGGAGUCUUACCUCCAGAACCACUUUGUGGGCUUGGAGGACCGCAAGUACGAUUACCUGACGACUCUGCACGGGGUGGUGAACGAGAGCACGGUGUGUCUGAUGGGGCACGAGCGGCGGCAGGCCUUGGGCCUGAUCGCCAUGCUGGCGGUGCGCGUGCUGGCCGAGCAGAACGUCAUACCCAACGUGGCCAAUGUCACUUGCUAUUACCAACCUGCCCCUUAUGUAGCGGACGGUAACUUUAGCAAUUAUUACAUCGCCCAAGUGCAGCCGGUCUUUGCCUGCCAUCAGCAAACCUACUCCACGUGGCUACCGUGCAACUGAGAGAUUGCGUUGUCGUAAAGGAGAUGAAGUUGUUUCGCAAUUGCCUCACUUGAAGGGGACAUGAACCGGGCUCAGUGUAAAACAGCUCCGGUGGGUUUUUUGAUUCAUGCGCUGUUUUCUGAAAUAAGAUGGCCAUUGCUAACACCAGUUUGGAGGGCAACUUCUGCUUAAUUUGUGAGGCUAACAUGCGUUCCUGAAAACAUUUAAUCUCAGCAUCAGGAGGGAACCGCGAGGUGUCGGUGCACCCUUCAGUCCAAACGGCGACCGACGUAUCGCAAAGAAGUAGAUUCCACUUUGUACAAACCAAAGAUUUAAAGAUUGUAUUUUUAUACCCAGACUAUCCUGUCUAUAUUUGUACACGUGAAUGCAUUCAAAGUGCCUAAUGUCAAUGCAGUACGCUGAGGUGAGCAAAGCAACCUCGCAAUCUCGAAACACACGACAAAGGGACUGUGAAUGUACAACCAAUGCGAGUGUCGUUUUUCUGCGCAGUGUUCCUCGUGAUUGAUCUCUUAAUUUAUUGUUUCUGACCAGCAUCCAGAAACGCGAUGCUCUAGGACUAGGUAGAUGCAAAAAGGUGAGCGUUGAGGGACGGUAGAAAACAAAGGAAAGACUUGUUUCGCGCCAAGAGCGAAGUUCGUUUCCUAACCUAUCUAGGAGAAAGGUGUUUGCAGAGGCAGCUUUGAUGGUGGGACAGUAUUUGCUGUAACAUCCAAGCAGGGAAUUCGACAGCUCUUGCUGAAGCGCUGGGACUAAACCGGCCUCCCUUCUGAACGUGACCCCGCAUUCACCCCCCUGUUAACAGAGUGUUAACCUGCGCUUGAUUAAUAGCGCUGCGGAAGGAAGUAGGCGGAGCGGUGGCAUAUAUGUUUAGACUUGACAAAGAGACUUGAGAGGAAAGCGAGAGAGCAGCGAGGACACAGACGAGAGAGAGAGGGAGGGAGGGCUGGAGAGAUGGGUGCAGCUGGUGAAGGGGUUUAUCUCCCUCGACAAAUGUCUUCUAAUCAAUAGAGCUUAUUUCAUUACUAUGAGCAAUUUGGCUGAACAGACAAGUGUUUAGCACAGAUCGUUGAAUCCAUCUUCAAUGGAAUGCAAACUUUGCAGUUGAGUUUCAAGUGCUCACAUCAAUCGAAUGUUGCACUAUUUGGCAUUAUCAAGAUUAAACGAGAAAUAACUUAAAAACAAUUUAUGAAAGAGAUUUUAAAGGGGUCAUAUCAUACUUUUCCACUACAAUUUCACUUUUUCCUUUCCAAACUAGUCCCGUUUUGAUUUUUCAUCACCGUUUUCCAACCUUUAGAGGAUUAGGACCCUAAUAGAAACCCGUCAAGGUUUUGGUUAUUUUUGGCUUUUUUUAAUGGCACAUUCUUUGCGAGUAUUGGCUAACACAGUAGACAUCAUUGAUGUGUAAAUAAUGUAUUCAUCUGUCUGUUGUCGGAAAGUUGUGGAUGUUUAGUUUCAAUAAAUGUUGUUUUUGGACUGGGAAGGAAGUUUUGAUUCCUAAAAGUAUUUGUCCGCUGAAUCCCUUUGACCUGAAGCAUUCUCUAAGAUUUUAAGGUAAUAUUUCAACAACACAUUUGCAUUGUUCACGGUUCUCUGAUGUUGGUUUCUUGUCAAUGACGUGCAGGUAAUUUAAUAGAUCCUUAAAGUGCUUUAUUUUAAAAUUAUUUAUGUUUUUAUGAUUAUGCAGUUCAUAUAGUACAUGUGUUUGAGUUAUUCAUGUUCUGCAGAACAGGAACCUGCUAAAAAUCAGUUUUAUACUGAGUCAGGCCUGAUUAAUCUUUUCCUGGUUAAAUAAAUAAAUAAAUGAAUAAAUAAAUACAUCAAGAUAUUUUACCUCAACAGAUGAAGCAAAAUACAUGACAUGAUAUGACCCAUUUAAAAACAUCAAUGGAUGCAUUUGUAAAGCUUUUAAGAUAUGGUCGUUAAAGUGAUUGAUGUCAGUCAGUAGAAUAUGAAUUAACAUUUGUUUUUAACCGACGGGGUCUGUGCUGAUCGAGAGGGCCGUAUGGUGCACCUGUGCAGGUUCACACAUCUCAUCUCUUUUAGUUUUUUACACGUUUGCAUCUCCAGUUUGUGGUUCUCACUCGCCCUCCAGUUUGUCUUAACAUUUUGACAGUAUCCUGUGGAUUGUGCUGGCAGCGGGAUGUUUGACUCGCUUUGUGAAGUUUGGGGUUCCUUUCUUGCCAUUCUUCGGAUGAUGCCAAACGCUUAGUGGUCAAAUGUCUUAUGAAAAAAA